CCGGUGACCCUCAUCAUCAAGGCUCCCAACCAGAAAUACACCGACCAGACCAUUAACUGCUUUCUGGACUGGACUGUGGGCAAGCUAAAGUCUCACCUCUCUAAAGUCUACCCCAGUAAGCCGUCUACAAAGGAUCAGAGACUGGUGUAUUCUGGCAGACUGCUUCCUGAUCAUCUGCAGCUGAAAGAUGUUCUCAGAAAACAAGAUGAAUAUCAUAUGGUUCAUCUGGUAUGUGCUUCCCGGACACCCCCAAGUUCUCCAAAACCCAGCACCAGUAGAGAAGGUCCCGGAGCUUCAACCUCCAGCAGUAGCUCAAAUUUAGACCAUUCUGGAUCAACAGCUGCCUCACCCACAAACCAAGAAGCUUCAUCUACAUCUUUGAACUCUAGUGCAGAUGGAGUGAGGCAUCGGAAUCCUCCCCAAGCACAGAGUGAUCCUGCUCCCAGCCACCACCUCCCUUAUUUAAUGCAAGGCAAUAUAGGCAACCAGUUUCCAGGCCAAGGUGUUCCUGCUGGGUUUUCUAUAUAUCCUCCGUUCAGUCCCCUACAGCUGAUCUGGUGGCAACAGAUGUAUGCACGUCAGUACUACAUGCAAUACCAAGCUGCUGUUUCAGCCCAGGUGACUUCCAGCGAGGAGCCAGCGAGAUCUGGAGCUGCCCAGGCUGUGAAUUCAGAACGUGCCCCUGCAAACGAGCCCGCAGCAGCACCCAAUGUAGCUGUCCAGGAGAACAGGCCCAUGAAUGCAAACGUCCAGAUGAAUGCCCAGGGUGGCCCUGUGGUCAACGAGGAGGACUUCAACCGGGACUGGCUGGACUGGAUGUACACCUUCUCCAGAGCAGCAAUCCUCCUGAGCAUUGUAUACUUCUAUUCCUCCUUCAGUCGGUUUGUCAUGGUAAUGGGAGCCAUGCUGCUGGUUUAUUUGCACCAAGCUGGAUGGUUCCCCUUUAGGCAAGAGGGUGGCCAGCAACAGGCAGCCAACAACGGGGAAGUGAACCGUGAUGGGCAACAUGCAAAUAAUCCUGACCUUGAGGAGAUGGAACGACUUAUGGAUGAUGGGAUUGAUGAAGACAGUGGAGAAGAUGCAGGUGAAGAUGGCAACACGGAGCAGCAGCCUGGAUUCAUGGCUUCUGCUUGGUCCUUUAUCACAACCUUCUUCACCUCCCUCAUCCCUGAAGGGCCUCCCCAGGUUGGCAAUUGAAGUGGAUAAGGAGCUGUGUGGGGCAGCCUCGGUAGCCAUAGAAGUGGAGCACAUUCUAGAGAGUGUUUGAAAUACAGUGCAAUUUCUGAAAAUUUAUUAUGUUAUCUUUUUGGAUCAUGGUGUACAAAAACGUGUAAUUUUUUUUCUUUUUGCUUUCUCAUGCAUUGAAUAUUUUAAGCACAAGUGGACUACUAAACGCUUUCUUUAAGAUUCUUCUUUUUCUGAAGAAUAAAAUGUAAAGAUAUUGGUCUUCCAUGUUUUAUUUUAAUUUCAAAUGUGUAUUACACUGAGGCAGGAAGCUUGUACUUAAUCUGCAGCAUUACCUCUUUAAAGAGCUGUUAAAAAUACGAAUGUUGACAGACCUUAAAUG